AUGGAGAUGGCGGCGGCGCCGUGCGCGGGGGAGCCGGAGCGGCUGGACUUCCUGCGGGAUCGGCACGUGCGCUUCUUCCAGCGCUGCCUCCAGAUCCUGCCCGAGCGCUACUCGUCCCUGGAGACCAGCAGGUUGACAAUUGCAUUUUUCGCGCUCUCUGGUCUGGAUAUGUUGGAUUCCUUAGAUGUGGUGAACAAAGAUGAUAUAAUAGAAUGGAUUUAUUCCCUGCAGGUCCUUCCCACUGAAGACAGAUCAAACUUGCAUCGCUGUGGAUUCAGAGGCUCUUCAUAUUUAGGAAUGCCAUUCAAUCCCUCCAAGGGUCCAGGUAUAUCUCAUCCCUAUGAUAGCGGGCACAUAGCAAUGACUUACACAGGUCUAUCAUGUCUGGUUAUUCUUGGAGAUGAUUUAAGUCGAGUAAAUAAAGAUGCCAUACUGACAGGACUGAGAGCUCUCCAGCUGGAGGAUGGAAGUUUCUGUGCUGUGCUGGAAGGAAGUGAGAAUGAUAUGAGGUUUGUGUACUGUGCUUCCUGUAUCUGCUACAUGCUCGAUAACUGGUCAGGCAUGGAUAUGAAGAAAGCUAUAGACUACAUCAGAAGAAGUAUGUCUUAUGAUAACGGCCUGGCCCAGGGAGCUGGACUGGAAUCUCAUGGUGGCUCUACAUUUUGUGGUAUUGCAUCGCUGUGUUUGAUGGGUAAACUGGAAGAAGUUUUUUCAGAAAAAGAACUGAACAGAAUAAGAAGAUGGUGUAUAAUGAGACAACAGAAUGGCUACCAUGGACGACCCAACAAACCUGUAGACACUUGCUAUUCCUUCUGGGUGGGAGCAACAUUGAAGCUCUUGAAUAUAUUCCAAUAUACAAAUUUUGAGAAAAACCGAAAUUACAUCCUGUCAACUCAAGAUCGCCUUGUUGGUGGAUUUGCCAAGUGGCCAGAUAGCCAUCCAGAUGCUUUACAUGCCUACUUUGGGAUCUGUGGUUUGUCAUUAAUUGGAGAAUCUGGUAUUUGCAAAGUUCAUCCUGCCCUGAAUGUAAGCACAAGAACCUCAGAGCGCCUUCACCACCUUCAUCAGAUCUGGAAAACGGACUUUAAACAGUGUUCAGACAACACACACUUCUUUAUGUGACUGAUUUAGACUUGAAUUUAGUUCUGGUAGCAUAAUUGUAGCCCAGGGUAAAAAGCCAUGUAUAACCAAUGUGCUCUUUUAAGUGCUGGAGUCAUACAAUCAGAUCUGUGUUGCUGGCAUCACUUCGGUAGGGAGUUGCCUUCAGCAGGUUAUUCUGCAUUGUGAAAAAAGGAGAUAUUUUGAUUAUAUAGAAGUUUGUCACCGCAGACUGUAAAUGGCUUUUCAAAUGGCUUUACUUCUAGGAAAUCCCUUGAGGCGUUUAAACUUCAUUUCAAGUUUAUUUUUUUAAAUUUGUGCAUACUGUGUCAAAAUAUAUAAUGGGGAAAUAUUUUCAAAAUCUGUUUACAUAUCAUGCAGUAUAGCACAGAACCUUGGAGUUCUUUAUGAUCUUACUAUUUGACAUAUUUUGGCUAGAGAAUCUCAAUCUUAAGUCUCAGUUAAAAAAUACCUUUUAUCAUAAACUUUCAGAUUCCAUAAACUUUCUUUUAAAAAAUGAAUUAAAUAAAAAUAAAAUUAUUUUAUUCAAUAUA